AUGAAAUAUUUAAGCUAAUACAACCAGAAAUCAAAAAAAUAAAAGAUAAAAAGAAAGAAGACAUGAAAAUUUCUAUUUCUAUUACUGAAGAUAAAUUAACCUUUAUCGGACAUAACCUCGAUGAACAACAAAAAAGAAUAUAA